AUGUCGUGCUGCUUGCCUUGCAUUGCUGCUUCUACGUGCGGCCUGUGCGGCUCCGUGGCCUCUGGGAUUUCCAGGAAAUCAGCUAGACUUGCUUAUUGUGGUCUCUUCGGCCUUUCCUUGAUCGUUUCUUGGAUCCUCAGAGAAGUCGGAGCUCCUCUGUUAAAGAAAAUCCCAUGGAUAAGCUCUUCUCAGACUCACACCAAGGAGUGGUAUCAAAUAGACGCAGUUCUUCGUGUGAGCUUGGGGAAUUUCUUGUUUUUCGUCACAUUUGCCCUUCUAAUGAUUGGAGUGAAGGAUCAAAAUGACAGACGGGAUUCCUGGCAUCAUGGUGGAUGGAUUGCCAAGAUGGUGGUCUGGCUUUUGCUUGUCAUUCUCAUGUUUUUCCUUCCAGACAUCGUCAUUACAAUCUAUGGUGUCCUUUCAAAAUUUGGGGCUGGCUUAUUUUUACUCGUUCAAGUGCUUAUCUUACUAGACUUUACUCACUCAUGGAAUGAUGCAUGGGUGGAGAAAGAUGAACAAAAAUGGUAUAUUGCCUUGCUUGUUGUAUCAAUUGUAUGCUACCUUGCAGCAUUUACGAUCUCAGGCAUUAUGUUCAUUUGGUUCAACCCCUCUGGCGAAGACUGUGGCCUUAAUAUCUUCUUUAUUGUCAUGACCAUGGUUCUUGCAUUUUCAUUUGCAGUUAUUGCGUUACACCCUAAGGUUAAUGGCAGCCUCCUUCCUGCUUCUGUGAUAUCUGUUUAUAGUGCUUAUGUGCUCUACACAGCUCUUUCCAGUGAACCUCGUGGCUAUGCUUGCAAUGGUCUUCACCAUUCCAAAGCAGUCUCUGUAAGUACCCUUCUUCUUGGGAUGGCGACGACUGUUCUUUCAGUUUUGUACUCUGCACUUCGUGCUGGAUCAUCCACAACUUUUUUAUCACCACCAUCUUCACCGAGGGCAGGCGCAGCUGAAAAGAAACCUCUUCUCGAUGGCAAAGAGUUGGAAGAAGGGAAAGAAACCAAGGAAAAAGAAGCAAAACCUGUUAGUUAUUCCUAUACUUUUUUCCACCUGAUAUUUGCCUUGGCUAGCAUGUAUUCAGCAAUGCUUCUUUCGGGUUGGACCAACUCAUCGGAGAGCUCAGAUCUGAUAGACGUUGGUUGGACAUCGGUUUGGGUCCGAAUCUGCACAGAAUGGGUUACUGCUGGACUAUAUGUUUGGUCCCUUGUGGCUCCUUUUCUUUUCCCUGAUCGUGAGUUCUAG